AUGGAUAAGUUUCAACCUAAUUCAGCUAAGAUGUUAGCAACAUUCUCUCUUCUUCUUCUGCUCCUCCCUAUCUUAGUAUCAGCUGAUUGUACCUGUACUCCCACCGUCGAAACCGGAAUCAACAAACAAGUGGCACUUGAAUACAAGAUAGCUGCCAUCUUUUCUAUUCUUGUUGGUGGUGCAAUUGGUGUGUGUCUUCCUGUUUUGGGGAAGAAAUAUCCUAUUUUAAGCCCUGAGAACAAUGUUUUCUUCAUAAUCAAGGCCUUUGCAGCAGGGGUGAUCCUAGCCACAGGGUUCAUACAUAUAUUACCAGAUGCAUUUGAUCAAUUAACAUCUCCAUGUCUUGAUCAGAACCCAUGGGGGAAUUUCCCAUUUACAGGCUUCGUUGCCAUGGUUGCCACCAUUCUGACUUUAAUGGUGGACAGUUAUGCUACUAGUUACUAUACCAAAGUGCACACUAACAUGGCUCUUGAUCAAGCCACCGCGAACUCAGAUGAGGAGAAGAGUACUGGAGAAGCUGAUAAACAUGCCACAAAUGGUCAUGUACAUGGCUUGGGUGCCCUCACUUCUGAAGCAUCAAGUUCACCACUUAUCCGGCAUCGCGUAAUAGCCCAGGUACUGGAGCUGGGGAUUUUGGUUCACUCUGUGAUCAUAGGGAUUACAAUAGGGGUUUCUUCAAGCCCAAGUGUAGUAAAGCCUCUGUUUGCAGCCCUGACUUUCCACCAGUUCUUUGAAGGAACAGGACUGGGUGGCGCCAUUGCUCAGGCAAGAUUGAAAACCAGAAGUAUAGCAUUGAUGGGUCUGUUCUUCUCCCUUACAACUCCAAUUGGGGUCAUUAUCGGUAUCGGAAUAAUGAACAUUUACAGUGACAGUAGCCCAACAUCUCUCAUAGUUGAAGGGGUUCUGGAUUCUGCAGCAGCUGGUAUCUUGAUUUACAUGUCCCUUGUGGAUCUACUUGCAGCUGAUUUUAUGAACUCCAAAAUGCAAACCAACGUUAAGCUUCAGGCUGGAGCAUGUGUUUCCCUUCUUGUGGGGGCAGGUUGUAUGUCUGUGUUGGCAAUAUGGGCUUGAUCAACUAUUGUUUUUUGGGGGAUUUUCUGUAAAUUUUUCUCUCCCCACUCAAAGGUUAAUAGCUUUUCAAGGUUUUGUAUUCCUAUCUAUACACUAUCAAAUAAUACUGUGCUGAGCAUUGGCA